CUUGGCGUCUUGGCCAUUUUAUCAAGCAAAAAUUUCAGAACAACUUUCAGAGGAUAAAAGGGAAGCUACUAGCUAGCUUCAAAUUGUCCACUCCAAAAAAAGAAUUGUACCCAAAAAAAAAAUUCCUUUUCUUUUUGGGUCAAAUUCCAAAGUAUAGCAUUAGUAUAUGAAUUCCAUAUCAUAUAUACGAACUGAAAUGUUACCAUUGUGUUUUUCCAAUCACUCUCAGUUUCUCUCCCCUUUAACCUCACCGCCGCGUCGCUGCCGGUCCCACCCCAGAUUCACUACAACACUCUCUGUCCUCAAAACCUCUCGACCCGUGACUGAAGUUGCAGUGGAUGACGUUUUUCAAGAUUUCUUAAGGGAAAGAGAGCUAAAUGGGGAUAUUAUAUCCAGAAUUUCUGAUAGAAUUUGGCUCAGAAAUGUGGUAAAUUUUGAUUCUUUAGAAGCUGGAAAUGGUGCAACUGAGGCUACACAGUCACAAGAGGUAUCAGGAGAAGAUAAUGAAGGUGGGUUUUUGAAAUUGAAAAGUACUAAAGAGUGGCUUUCAGGUGAUGCCACGGCGCCAGUUAAUAAAAAGAGGACCCUUAAGGAAAUACAAGAUGAUAGGGAAAGAAGGAAAAGGCUAAACUUUCUCCGAUAUGAAGCUCUUAAGAAGGAGCUACUUUACUUAACGGUGGGCAUUGGGACUGCUUGCAGUGGAUAUUGUUUGGUAGCUUUAUCAGUCCAGGCUGCAUUGAGCUAUGCAACGGGAGUUGUUUUCAGUUAUGUGUACCUGCAGCUCCUCUGCCAACAUGCAGACAACCUCUCACAAGAGACAGUUCCUGAGAUUUUUAAGAAAAAGAAACUAAAGAAAAUUGGAAUACGAAGCCAAGAUCUGCAGGAUUUUUUUGAGAGAUCGGUUAAAGGUAGCAGCAUUGCUCUUUCAUCUCCAAGGCUUGUGUUUCCUGCAGCAAUAUAUGGAUUGUGGGAAUUGUGUCAGCAUUUUGCCCAUGAUCUUUUUGAUUUCCAGCUGGUUCCUGCUAUGGUCGGGUUGUUUGCAUAUAAAGCAGCUGCUCUGGUACAAGUGUACAGGGACAAUGAAGACCUUCAAUUUCUCUUUCCUGAGAAUGAAGAAGGGUCAGCUAACUGAAUACAUGGAAUAUGUUACUAAUAAAUGUACUUGUUGAAACCAUAGCAAAGUUGGAUGCCAACUGCACCUUCUGGCAGCACCAUUUCUUCUGCAGCCUAACGAAGAAUAACCAACGAACAGCACACUGAAUUUUGCAGAACAUGGACAAGCUUUAGAAUUUCCUGCCCUUAAGAAUAUAGGUUUUAAGGGAUGAAUAUUUCGCUGCUGCACUUCGAGAGUAAAUAGUUCAUUUGAAAGGGUUAUCAUGGGCAUCCGCCGGAGCCUUUUGUAGAGACAACUCUAGUAGAGUGAUGUAUAGAAAUACAAAGUACUGUUUUGACCUACUUCAUGUGACUCUUGCAAAAUGUUGAUAUAUUCUUGGUUUCCCCUUUUUAUUUGGAGUCACAAUGUUAUGGUAGGGAAUUAUUGUGUGUUUUUCACCAUCUAGGGAAUUAUUGGAGUCAGAUAUAUAUCUGACUCGACUUGUUUGGGAAUGAGAUGUAGUAGUUAAGUCAA